CAAGAACCGUUUUUUGGGGCGAGGUAAUUUGUUGUGCGAGCGGCGCUCUGGUAGACGACGGCUUUCCCGAUCAUGGCGCGGCCGUGUGCGGUGGCCACCACCGGCGCGCUUCAGGCGGCGAGAAUUCAAGAAACAACGACGGCGACGUCGACAGCGGCCCUAGCCAGCAGCAGGCGACGGCCCCUCUCCCUUCCCCUGCUGCCGUUCGUCUUCGCCACCCUUGUUGUGUUUUUGGGCGGCGGGAUUGUUCGGCCGGUGGCCUCAGAAAACCCGCUCGUGCCCGCCAGCGGGAAGCUGACGGUGGGGGAGGGCGACGGGGGGGGGGGGGCUGGUAGCCGUGGGGCGGAUGAGGAAGAGGAGGAGGACGAGCGACCUCCGGAAGGGAUGUACUUUUUCGUCUCUCCGAAGGGGCCAAGGAGAUGCUUCGUGGUGUCGGAGGCGCCGGGGACCACGUUUCACGUUCACCACUACUACCCUAAAGCGGAGGACGGCCACAAGAUCACCCUGGAACUGCGCACUUUGUCGGAGGACAGCUCUCCGAAGGACCGGUUCGUGCAGGAGCCCCUGGUCACACGCGACAUUGAGGACAAAAGGGGUUCGCACCAGUUCAAGAUCAAGACAGCGGAGGACCAUUUGCUGUGCGCGGUGACUUCCUCCGAGACCAAGAACAAAGACCGAGGCCUGAAACUGUACUUGGAUCUGGACACCGGCCUCGAGGACAAGCACUACAAAGACGUUCAGAGGAAGUUCAACCUGGAAGACGCGCAGAUAACCAUGAUCCAGCUGAAGAACGAAGCCCAGCAGAUGCUCCGCGAGGCGGACCUGUCGAAGAAGUCGGAGACGGAGUACCACCAGACUUCUCCUGCAGGUCAACCACGAGGUCUUGUGGUGGCCUGUAUCGCAGGUGGUGAUCCUGGUGGCGAUGGGGUACUACCAAGUGCGACACCUCAAGAGCUUCUUCGAGUCCAAGCGGCUCGUCUAGCCCACUAAGGUCGUUCUACACUGCUGUUAUUCCCAAUGCCGUGCAUACACGAAGCCAAGCAUUGGGCCGCAAUAAAAGCAGAAGAAAAGUCGCAGGGGUUAGCGUGUAGCACGGGAGGCCCGCGAAAAAACAAGGCUUUAAAGUGAGAUUGACGAAAUCCGAUGGUAUAAUUCAACAUGUAACAUACAACGGAGGGAGAGGGAGAGAGUAAGGUGGAUCAGCUUCACACGAGCUUUUUCAAAAAUGUUGCUGGGCUACAGAUAGGGCCGCACUUACGAACCUCUUGUUUUGGCCGGGGCUCUUUUCUUGAUUUGUCUACUUUGUAUGGGGUACCCACCCCCACGGCGACGAUUUGGUUUUCGUGUCGGCUUCUUGACUGAGGAGCGCCUGUUCUCAUGUUCUUACAGCAAGUUCUGAUUGGCACGUGUGAUAGAUGACGUCAUCAGGUGAUAGAUGACGAUACACAACGACGAGGAUCAAGUCCUUAACUUUCAAGUCCUCGAGUGCGGGCCGGUUCUUCUGUAUUGGCUGGUUUUUCGAUUGAGAUGUGACCGCUGGGUGCUGGGCGUGAAAUCCUUGACCGCCAGAUAUGUAGCAGUCGGUAACUUCCCUGCACCAUAAGCGCCGCCCGCCGGGGGUUGGUCGUGCAAGAGCGGGUCGGAUGUGUUCCUGGAAAUGGUGCCUGCUCAUGUGGGCUCGAACCGAACUGGAGAAGAUAUGGAUUAGGAAAAUUACAAAUAAAACACGCAGAAAGACUACCCGUUCGAGAUAUAACCACAGUAGUCGAAGGGGAUGUGGUGGAGUCUUUUCAGUGAGUGGAGGGACGCGGAUCAAAAAGGGCGGAGGCACCAAAACAAAUACUAAAAAAAAAUCGGAAAUAAUUCCAUCAUUUUUGGACACCGUCGCUCCUCUCAGUUUUCUGGCUUCCGUGGGCACGAUCUCGCUUCUCUUCAUGAUGAACCCAAGCUGUUGUCCCAACCGUUGCUCGGCGAUGAGUUACUGUACCAUGGGUGACGUAAGAUACCACCUCCCCUCUGGGACCUUGUUUCAAAGUUGGGAUUUUGCUCCACUGCAUUAAGACUGGCAGCGU